AGAAAGCAAAGGCAUCGAUGGCAGCGUCGUAGUAGUCGGCCAUUGCUAGGGAGUUCACUUCGGUACUAGGCUAGGCAAGAUAAGCAUCUUCUUCGUUCCCCUUGUGUCCCCCUCUCCACCAUAUCGUUAACGUGAAAAAACUAUUUAGUGAUUUCGUGUUACGAUUUUGGAUGUUUCUUGAUACAGAAGUUUUUGAAUUAUAGCGGCGAUAUAUUUUUUAAAAAAUGGAGAAGAAAAAGUCUGCGACACUGAUCGCUGUUAAUGAGGCUGCGUUACGCGCCAAUCUUCUUGGGACAGUACCACGACUGACGCCAACAGGGAAAAUCAGUCAUGCCAAGACUCGCGUUUAUACGCAACGAUAUCGUAAAGAAUGGGAACAGAUGCCGGAUUUCAAAGGAUGGUUAACAUCUGUAGCAUUUCAACCGACACGUGCUUAUUGUACUUAUUGCAAAAAAAAUCUUCAUGCCCAUCGAUUAUCUCUUUUGAAACAUACAUGUACAAUGAAACAUCAACGAGCAGCUUUGUCACAUGAGGCUGAAGAAAAGACAAAAGUAGAGGAAGAAAAAUGUGAACCUCUUGUUGAAUUGGAGGUAGAAGAAAACAAUGUUGUUGAGUCUCUGGAAAAUACACAAGUUGAAACAGAAGAAAAUGAAGAUGAAAUUGAAUAUGUUGUUGAAAGAUUAGAUGAAAUAGAUGAUGUAGAUUUAAAUGAAUCCCAAGGGAAGCAACAAGAAGAAGAGGGAGAAGAAGAAUAUGCAGAGAUUGAAGAAGAUGAACAUUUACAUAUACCAUCUGACGAGGAAGAUAUCAAACCUACGUUAAAGAAAGUUAAAAUAGAAUCCGUAGAGGACUUUCAGGAAAAUAGCAGGGAUACUUUAGCUGAAGCAAUGGCUCAUGUUCACGGUGAAUAUUUAGAAGAAGUCGAUGAUCAAGAAAAUAUACAAAUGGAAAUGAUAGUUGAAUCUGAAGAUCAAAAUGUAGAGAUCCAAGAUAUGUCAAAUCUCGUUAAAUCUGUAGAUAAUAAUAAAAACAUGAAAGAGGAUCGUGAGAAUAGUAGAUCUCUUAGACGCAAUGCUAAGAAUGAAAAAAGAUCUGGAGUUAAGCUAUUGCAAGAUGAUGCAAAGCCUCAAACAGAUUCUGGAAUAGUUAUGGCAUGUCCUUUACCAUUAUUGGGUACAACUUACCAAAUAAAUUCUUCAGUGACUGGAACACCUGGUACAAUAGGAGUGCUACAACCAGUAAAUACUCUUCCAAUAGCACCUGCACAAAAUAAAACAAUUACUUUAACAUCAGGUGGCAAGACGUUAACUUUAACAGGUGGUACAUUUCAACCUGGUACUCAAUAUGUACUCAGUAAAUUAAAGAGCAAAAUACCAACAUUAGUUAUGACGGAAAAGAAGCCUAUUUGCGUCACUAGUGAGUCAUUAAAAAUAGAAAAAGGAUCACAAGAACAAUUGGUCAUAGCUAGCACCAGUCAGUCAUCCUCAAAGAAACACGUUAUUUUGAAACCUGUUAAAUCUACAACAAAGAAGCCACGCGUUUCUACUCAUGUAAUUGAUACAAGUAAAGGUAUUCCUGUUGGAGGUUUACAAGUUAGUCUUUAUAAACUUAUGGAUGGUAGAUGGACAUUUCUAAAUGAGAGUAAUACGGGCCCGAAUGGUCGAUGUACAGAUUUGGUAGACAAUGCUAAAGUUAAUUUUACUGCUGGUCGAUAUAAAAUACAUUUUGAUAUCGACAAAUAUUUCACUCUUAGAAGAAUAGAAACUAUGUAUCCAUUUAUUGAAAUAGUUUUUGAUGUAAAAAAUCCGACUGGCCAUUAUCAUAUACCGGUGUUAUUGAGUCCAUUUGGAUACAGCACUUAUCGUGGUUCUGAUAGAUGAGUUUGUAAUAUAUUGUAAAUAUAUUUCUAUUUCUGACUGUAUGAUUAAGUUAUAUAAGAAAAAAAAAA